AUCUCCAAUUCCGAGAGACACUCAAGGAGGGAAAUGCUCAGCACAGAGGGAAAGGCCGCCGCGAUGGCAAAGAUACACUUUUUCGAGAAGAGAGCACGGUCACUCUCCAACGACUCCCAGAGAUCUAAAUCUGCCGAUUCUGCCAGCGGGGUUGGAGAUAAGAGAAGACAGUCAUCCCCCUCCUACGGAGGGCGGUCGAGCUCCGCGAACUCUGACGCCAAACAAGCCCGUAACCGCAGCCGAAGCUUGUACGAGCAAGUUACUGGGGAUGGGAAUGAGACUUCUGAUUGGUCUUCCACUGGAUCGUUGUUUUCUGGCCGAGAGAAAUCUUCUCCUAAACUCAGCGACUCGCCUAUGCAUGGAUCACAAGGAGAUGAACUUUUAACUCAGACAAUCAGUGAAAGAGUACAAGAACAUUUGCCAGAAUUUUCCUCCGAUAACGACAGGGAUGCAGAAAAGGAAAUGGAAUCUCAGAUGAUAAGCGAGAAAGAGACAGACACUCUGUCAGACUUUUCGAGUGGUUCUCUAGUGAGGGAUAAACCUCCACCUCAUGAUCAAACUUCUCUCGUACAAAUCCCACAACAGAAGCCGCUCAGCCAGCACAGAAAUCAAGAACAUGUGUUGCAAAUCCAAUCUCCAAGUAGAAAUGGGGCCAGCUCUGUUGGAGACAGUGCUGCUUCCAUUAAUGUAUCUUCGGAAAGUAGCAAUAGAGAAAAUCAGAGCUUUGGAAAUGGUAGCAGAGGUAGAGACAGCCCCAAAGGAUCCAAUGGUGUACCUGAUGGUUACAGAGGGCAUUCUUCACCUACACACAGCUCCCGAAGCGUGGAACAAAGUGGGGUUACUAAUGGGGCAGGUAGAAGUUCACCAAGUGGGGACCAUUCUCUGCAAAGAACCUCGGACGAAAAUAGAUCGAUACACGCACCAAGAGAAGAAAGCUUAAGGAUAAGGAUCAAGAGACCAAAAGACUACAUCCGCCAGUGGGAGGAUACCAUGGAUAGACUCUCAGGUACGCCCCCUGCCAGUGAUGUUUCUCCUCGUACUCCGCUUAUAAGCAAAUAUGCCAGAUCAAAAUCAUUUGAGUCAGGGGGAUCGCCGGUAACCUUACGGGCUAGCCAAGCUAGGGAGUACUCAUCGGCCCUAAGAAGUAGGUCAAACGAACUGGCACCAAAAAUCACAGUAACGUCAGAUGCCCAUGGCCGUAGGGCACGAGCUCAAGAAGUUUUGAAUAAAAGUACUAGGUCAUCCACAUCCGUUACUUCCACUUCAGUUGGCUCAACGCUAGUCAGCCCGGCUUCCACAGUGAGCUCUGAGAACCAAAGCCUUCAGUCCAUUUUGGAAAGACUGCCUGAACACAUGCGGCAGCAGGCAAAGAACGCUUCAAAAUUCCUGAUGCACAGCAGCGGCCCUGAAGUUAUAGCUCUCAUAGAUGCCAUUAAAGAUGCUCGAGAAAGCACAGGCACGAGAAGACCUAGAAAUGGUGUUGCAUCUGAAGAAGAAGGUGAAGGCACUACAUUGAAGAGAGUUCAUCAGAGUGAGGCAAGUCCUUCAACAGCGAGGGUUCGAUUUCAACCUGCUGGCACAACAAGGUCUCAAGAGAUGAGAGGGUUGGCGUCUGAAAGCGUGAGACCUUCAGCUUUGAGGUCUUCCACUACUUCCCCGGUGCCUUCUAGAGUUGGCUCCUUAACCUCCCCCCAGAGGCGAGCCAUAAGCUCCUCUGGUGUUUCCGGUAAUGGUGACGGCGAAAGAGGCUCUGAUCGGAUGCUGUCAAUCUCUCCUAGGGAUAGGUCAAGGUCCCUUUCCCCAACAGCAUUAGGCUCAGACAGCAGGAGUUCAACUUUAAACCCAAAGAGUCCAAGAGGGACAGCCCUGAGUGAUGGGGAGUCCACCUCUCCGUCUCGUGCCAUGAGGGAAGAGUUGCUACUAAAGAAUUUAGGACUGAAUACUAGGGUUGUAGAAGACGAGAGACCCUCUUCACGACUGAAAGCUUUAUCAGCCUCUCCUAGACUCAAUGAUACCGAUUCCCCUGGAAGAAUGUAUACGUCUUCCCCACGAAAACCGCAAACAGCAUACCCAGAAGUGACACGACUCGAGCUUGGAUUGGACUCCGACAGGAGCUACGUCAGUCACACGGAAGAUGGCAGCGAGUCUCCACCUCCUGUCAGAAGGGGUGGGGCUGGCAGAGUGCCCCGGAGAGAAGCGUGGGAGCAGCAGAGGAAAAGGAAGGAAGAGGCGACUCUGGCAGCAACGUUCACGAGCAGUAAAUCCGACUCAGUCGCUCAAAGCAAAUUUAUCGAGGUGUUAUGCAAGGAAAUUGAAGUGCUCAAGCAGAAAGUGGAAAUGAUGGAGGAAGAGGAAUUUAAACGAAGCAGAAGCCGAUCUGGUGCUUCGCCAAGAGUCAGCGGAAAGUUUAGACUAAAUGAUUCCAUACGAAAUGAAAAUAAUGAAAUGAUUUUGGCCCCUCGAGUUGCUUUAUCAGUGAGCCCUAGAGCCGACCGGAGCAUAUCAUGCCCUCUCCUACAGACAAGUAGUCGAUCGGCUUUGCUCAGAUCUCCUAGGGCUGCUAGCAGUGUCACUCGUGCCGACAGCACAAGUGUUAAACGACCCAUGGCGUCAUAUUCAUCUGCAACACACAGUAGGUCCUCUAGUAUCCCGGGCUCUGCUGGCAAUAUCACUCACACCCGAGCCGAAAGUCCACAAAGACAGGGAGGGAUACGUCUUGGAUACACCAGCCCUGCCCGAAGCGUUACUCCUGAGAUCUGGGGCAACGACCUCACAACUGCAAGUGGGUUGGAUCCAGAGAAGCAAGAAAAUUGGAAGCUCCUCAUUUCAAGCCGGAAUCUCAGCGAAGCGGAGGUGAUCGAGCUGAAGCAGGCAUUAGCAUGUGCAGUUGUCGAACACGAUAUCCUGACAGCUAAACUAAAUAAUGCUCGUCAUGAGAUUCAUGACAAACUGCGACAUACUAACGAAGUGCUGGACGACUGUCGUCACCAUCUAGCCAAGUCGCAAGCUGAGAAUAUGGAACUGAGAACAAAAUUGGAACAGGAGCGCCAGAGAAGCGAAGGAUUUGAGAACAGGAUAAAAGAGAUGGAGAGCAACAUGUCUGAGAUUAGAGCAGACAAUCAGACAUUGGAGGAUGAGCUCAGUCAGACGUCUAGUAUGUUGGACAAGUCAGUACACGAGACCAAGCCAGGAGUGGAUGCUCUGAAGGCAGAGAACACGACUCUUAUCAGCCGACUGGCUCAUGUGGAGAACGAAAACGACUCUUUAGUUGAGCAAGUGCAAAACUUAAAGCGAACGCAAGCCAAGACAAUGAACACGGUGGAUGAGCUUCGCGAUUGCUUGCACAAAGUGAGGAGGGAGCGCCAAGAAUUGUUUGAUGAGUUGAGUGUCAUCCAACAGAGGGAGCAGUCGUCAAGAGUUCGUGACAUUCUCAACAGCUAUCAGGAGAAGGGCGCCAGGGAUGAACGUGAGCAUGAGAGAAAUAUCCGAGAACGCCAGUCACGCUCUCUAUCCACGAGUUACAGUGUGAGAGAUUCCAGUGUGUUCAGCGACCUGGACGACACAGCAGUGCGCUCUACACACCCUGUCCAUGACACUUCCUUCUCGUCUUACUCACCACGCCAGGUGACUCCGAGGCGCUCAUCUAGUCAACAGCGAUACCUUGCCUAUGAUGACCUCUCUCCGUCAAGUUAUCGGGAAAUUUACCCACACAGAAAGAGCUAUCAGCCCCGAAGCCGUAGUGUAAGUCCAAGAGCCAGGAAGAUGUAUUCACCUACUUGCUAUCUGUCAACCUCCAAUUUAGAUGAUUCAGUAGUAGAUCAAACCCUACAGGAAAUAGAGCAGGACAUGGCAAGAGACAGACAAGCAUUUCUCCGCAACAACACUCCUCUUGCCAGAAGACGACUCAAGCUGUCCUCGUAUCCGUCCGAUGAGGACCUCCAAAUCGGCUCUCGGAGUAGAUCAAGUUACGGCCAGGGAAGAGGAUCGUCCCACCAAGCUUCUCCCGACAGAGGGGGUAGUGGCUGUGAGUCAGACGUCGCUCACCGUUCACGAAGUUUGUCUUACGGGAAGGACCUGGUCGGAAAGAGCACACAUUCGGCCCGAGAGAGUGACUACCUGUUGCCCCAUUCAUUUGCCUCUAGUGAUGAUGCCUGGCGUAAACGUAGUUCCAGUUCAAGCCCUUCGAGGUUCUCCCCGAGGCCCGGUAUUUUAAAAUCAAGAGAGCCGUUGAGGAGUCGUAGUCCUUCAAGCUCAAGACUUGGUGUUGGAGACUAUGCUGGUGACAGAACCAGCAUCCUCUCGACUCUUGGCUCAGUCACACCGGAGCGCAGCCGCAGUCCUGUGUACUUUCCCAGAGAAAGUCAUUCCCCUCCCACUCGACUCUCUCCCGACCACACCAAGGAGAAGGCGUCUACCCCAGUAGCCAGACGUCCAAUGCACCAAAAGAGCGGGGCAGGAGCCAUUGCAAGAAACCUCCAGAAAGAAUUUGACAAGGAAGACAAGAUUCUGAAUGCCUUAUCAAAGUCAACAGUCUUUCAGAAUAAGUCGUGGUUUGAAAUGCAAAGUGAUUCAGAUGGUGAUGACACUGGCAUAAACUCUAGCAUGAGCAGUCGCUCUAGCAUUGAGCGGACGGGCACUGCAAGGAAGAAAACGCCAUUGCUUACCGAACAACAGCGGAGAUAUGCAGAUGAACUAAUAGAAAAAUAUACUGGAAACACACCUUUGUAACAGCUGCAAUGAAUCUAUACACACCUUCACCUGACCAGUAUUGUUUAAAACUGCGGCUGUUUUGCAGACAUUUCAUGGCCUCACAAGGACCUAGAGAGGCGGCGAUUAUAGACGGAUAUUAUGAUCGUGUGGCGUUUGGUGAUUAGUGACAAAGGAAAAUUAGCAUUCAGAUUUCAAAGCUUUACAUUUUACAUUUAGCCUCAUCCAUAUUCUUCUUGCCUUGGAUUUUAUAGUGCACUUACGUAUCAAUGAUUUGUGCGUGGUCUCAGAUGUGAUUCAUAUUUUGCUUGUCGUUAACUUGAGCCUUGCAUUCCAGUAACAACUAUCUGUGAUUUUAUGAGCUUCAAAUCUGAAAAAACGAGGAACGUGUUAAAUUGCAAUGUGAUUUUAGAGAUUGAUAUGGUGUACAGUUUAAUUCUUUGGUGAAUUUAGUGUUUGCAUCGUUGUCAUAUUAUGGUUUCCAGUAUUUUUUAACGUUGUUAAAGCUAGGUACUAGGUAUUUUUGUUUUGAGUAAUUUUCAACGAUUUCAUCAUUAUUAUAUAUUUUGUGUGUCCUCGCUGCAUAGGUUGCAAGAUCUCAGCUCGAAAGCAUACGUGCCUUUCUUUAUCUGGAACUUAUUUUUUCAGCUCAGGCCGUUCGUGGUUUGUUCUUUUUCUUUCAUAGUUGAUUGUUGCAUCUGUUUAAUAAAUAUACUAUGUAAAAGAGGAAAGACAUUAUUUGUCAUAAAAUGUAAAUAAUUUAGAUUGUAUUUUAUUUCUCAGUCGAAUGCCUGUUGAAGAAGUAUAACAGGAAUGUAUAUAGCACAGGGGAAUGUUCAUGCUUGAAACGUUGACUGUACAUAUAUUCGUCAACAGGUGUUAUGACUAGUAAGCCUUUCCAGAAACCUUUAUUCUGUCGCUUUUUCAUGACGAAGAUAGAAGUGGCGGUAGGAAUUAUUAUCGUUUUGGAUUUUUCAAAUUUUUUAAAAGAAGUAAUUGCAGUUUAAAACGAAACUGUUGAGAAUACUUGGUUGUAUAUUCUUCACUAUGAAGUUAGUACACUCGUCAGCCACAGCUGUAGAAAAGCGAACUGCGUGUUUUGAUAUCUAACUUAUCUCUUGUAACUGCCGGCGUUAGUUUGGACUGAACACGUCUAAAUCUUUAGGGGAAGAGCAUGUGUUCGAUUUUGCAUGCGUUGUGUGCUCGUACUGGAUGUGAAUAUGUUUUGUGUGUUGUUUAAAAAAAAAA